AAAGACAGGAACGAAAAAAACAUGUCCGCCUCCUGUCAUCGAGCAAUGCGGUGAAUUUCUUCGCAGUAAAAUUGGUUUCAAAAUGCCGAAAAGCAACCGCAACUGCGCUGUAGGUGGGUGUUCUCACACCCAGAAGACGUGUCCCAAAGGGAGAUUCGUGGGUUUCCCGAACGAAGACCGGCAGCCGGAGAGAAGAGCGUUAUGGGUCAAGCUCGUUCAGCGUGGAAGCCAUUGGAUACCCACAAAGAACAGUCGGGUCUGCAGCUGUCACUUCUCCGGGGGUUACAAGGUCGAUGACCCCAACGACCCCGCCUACAACCCCAGCAUAUUCCCCCCGAUGCCGGAAUUGGACAGGCGGGUCCGGAAGACACUGAUGGAAGAGAUGUGUAGACGGAAGGCACAAGAGGGACAUGCCACAAUUGACAUGAACUUUGACCUACCUUUUCAACCUGCAAGCAGCCAGACAAACGACAACAAUGACUUCAUGACAUUUGUGUCGACCGCAUUAGAUCUGUCCACAGAAGCCAGUGAGGACUUCACCCAGGUUGUGAAAUCUGAGCCAGGUGUCUUGAUAUCAGACGCUGAGCAACUCGUCAAUGGCAGCAAAGAGACUGUAAAAUCAGAAGCUUUGCCAAGAGUUACGACUACAGCUGAGCCCACAACUGGUAGUAAUUUAAGCAUUGGUGGUCCGAUGACAUCUAGUUGUCAACUUACUACAGGCAAUCGGCUCCCCAGGGAUGGUCCAUUUUCCACCAGUGGUAAUCCUGGAUGGGUCUACAUCAACCAGUCCAGGCCUGUUGGGGGUGCAAUGAAUCUGACUCGUGAUGGCCAUGAGCCAGCAUCCAAACGGAGAAGGUUGCUUCUACCACAUCAUAAGCAACAGACUCCAGUACGCUUGCAGAAGUUUCAGUCGACAAACCGCAAGUUCACAGGGAAUCUCAGUGUCGCUAAGAAUCCCAGGAAUUCACAGAUGAGACACUUUUCAAGAGCAGCAGGGAGUGUUGACUUGAACAGGACCAGAGCCACAGACUUGUCCAUUGCUUCGUCAGAGCGAAAUGCGACAAGUGUCCAGCCUCGCAACUGUAUACUGUCUAACUUGUUGACAAACAGUCGGCCUAAAGAAGUACAGACUGUUCUGAGCGUGGCUAGCCAAGCUGAAUGGAACAGUUUAUCAGCACAGACCAACAGCAGGUGUGUUGGAUUCCAUGGAUGGAAUGAUAUCUGCUUCUCAAGGACCACCGUUUUGAGUGUCGCAGGGGUGAGCCCUGAAGUCUUUGACCUUCUGCUAGGUCAUCUCCCAGAGGUCAUGCCCGGACUACCUGCCCACAACUCACUGCUCUUAUUUCUGAUGAAACUGAAACUGAAUGUGCCAUUUGAGUUCCUUGCCAAUGUGUUUGGCAUCACUGCUGCCACUGCCUUAAACAUCUUUACUCAUGUCUUGUCCGUUAUGGUCACAUAUCUCUCAGAUUUGAUUCAGUGGCCAUCAGACACCUGUAAAGAUCCACUGCCUCAAGAAAGCCUCCGGACUUGUAUUCCUAAAGUUAGCCUCAUUAUCGACUGCUUGAUUAUUCAAACAGAAUUGAACCAACUUGAGCUGAUAUCACAGGAAAUAGGCACGUUUGCCGUCAAAAUCCUGGUAGGACUGCACCCCAAUGGCAGUGUAGGCUCUGUGUCCAAUGCCUACAGUGGUUGUGCCACUAAUAGUGAUAUGUUGAUCCACUUGAGAAUGCCAGAUUCUUUAGAAAAAGACAGUCAUGUGCUUCUCCUUCAGCAUGAUAGGGGUCUGCAGCAAAUUCUUACAGCUAAGGGUUUCAGGGUGCUAGCUCCUCCUUUUUCUUCCCGGCCCGUUCAUGGGCAGAAAGAUCCAAGCACGUGCUCUGAUUUUAAGGAAGUUCCUCAACGACAUACAGAAACCGUGAAUGAGUUGUCGAAGCUUCUUGAGCCGUCAGAACUUCCAGCUGGCACAGAUCCUGAAACUGUUGAUGGCUUUCUAGAAUCUGUUGAUGGCGUUCUAGAGUCAGUUGAUGGCCUUCUAGAGUCAGUUGAUGGCCUUCCAGUAGUAGCAGAAGCACCAUCCUCUACUGCAGGUCCUUCAUCUUGCCCUCAGCCUCAAGGAACUGUAAACACUACUGCCAGUGGUAUCUUUGCCGGGAAGAUGGCCCAGCGAUUGAGAUCCUUCAGUAUUCUUGCCAACAUGUUUGAGAGCAAUCUCUUGCCUCUCAUAGACGAUGUGGUCUGUGUUUGUGCGGCAUUAAAUAAUCUUCAGGAACCUAUAGCGGUAGUCUGACAGAUUGAGAAAGCAUCUGUUGACUGACAGUACAGAAAUGUCAAAGUUUUAAGAUGUUUCAUUAAGGAUGUUGAACUGUUGGAUAUUGUUGGAUUCUGCGGGGAUUUGAUCAAGAAAGAGAAUUUGUUAUCACCAGAUCAAGUGCAAUAAACAAUGUGAUUAUAGUUUGCGAAGACAAAAGAAAGAUGGAUCAUCCAACUCAGAUUAUCAAAUCUCAAUAAAGAAUAUUCAACAAAUUUUAUCUGGCAAUUUUAUUUAUCUUGGAAAAUACUGUCACAGCUGAAGUAUUGAAUUGCACAAACGGGCGUGAAACAAACUGUGUUCUGAUUAUUUUACGAAUUUACAUUAUAUUGUAAUGAAUCUUUUUUAUACAAAAUGUGAUGACCAGUCAAUAAAUAUUUGAACUCCGAAUGUAAA